AUGGUGGAGUUGUACGCUAGCGUUAUUACUGGCUUCGAAGGUGUGUCCAGCGAAGAGAUUGCCGCAACGUGGGGUACUAAUGCAUCCAGAGGACGUGGAUAUGUGCGAUUCGAAUUGGAGCCAUCUAGAAUUGUUGAGGCUCUUCGCCUUCAUUCUGUAGACAAUCUCUAUGCAGUGCUGUACGACUACGAAGUGCUAGGACUCACAAGUGAUGCUAGAGAGGAAGCACUUCGAAAGAUAAAGGGCGAAAUUUCACGUAUCAACUGGAAAACUGCCAUCGAGUGCUGGGAAGUAGUUAACGGAAAGCAUGUUCCGGGUGGUAUUGAGACUGUGAAGGAGCAAAUGCGGGAAUUCGUCAAAAAUGGUACCACUGGACUGACACCACAGAGUUCCUUUACGUUUAGGGUUACGUGCAACCGAGCUGGUGAAAAGAGUCGGCACAAUUUUUCCUCGAUGGAUGCGGCGAGAGAGCUAGGAGCUCAAAUCAACAACAUUUUCGGAUGGCGACCUGACAUGAAGAACUUCGAUAUGGAAGUGGUGCUGAACCUCAAGAAUGAGACAAUGUUGGUUAUGGUAGCACUGAACAGAGAUUCACUUUUCAAGCGAAAUAUAUGCGCUUUUGGGCCAACUACGAUGAGAUCUACUAUGUGCUACUGUAUGACAGCACUAGCACGUCCCGUUUAUGGUGAUGUUAUAGUAGAUCCAAUGUGUGGUGGAGGUUCAAUCCCGCUGGAGGGUGCACUGGCGUUUCCUGGUUGCCUUUUCAUUGGUGCCGAUAUACAUCCAAAAGCAUUGGAAAGAUGCAUCGAGAAUAUGGGAAGUUUUGAUUUCUGCUAG